GGCAUUGUUUUUCUUUUUGGAAUUGUUUGCUGUUUCUUUUGGAACCAGCGACGACGACUGUCAGCACCUGCCCUUUUUGGCACUUUCUUCCUCCUUCAACUCUGAACACCCUCGCCCUCUCUCUCAUAGGAGUUCAUGUCUGUAUAUGUUCUCACCGUUUGAGCCUUUUCACCAAAAACAAGAGAGGGUUUGGAAAUUCAAAUUUCCCAUCUUCUUUCCCUAAUCUGAUAUAUAGUCCAGACAUUUAUCCAGUCUCUUACGGGUGUCCAUUGAGGUAAAAAUCAGACCUUUUUUGUUUUCUUUUCAUGCUCCGGAUGUUUUCUUCACAGAUUUCUCUGUUCUUUGAAUGAAGCAAGAGUUUUGCGAUUCAGUGAUUUCUGUGUCGGUUGAUAGAAUUAGGGAUUUUUUAAGAUUUGGGUUCUUGGAAUGAGCCAAGAUGGUUUCUGGGAAUGCCCAUUUGAAGAAUUCUUGGGUUCAGUACAGGAAAGAUGGGUUCUUGACAUACCCUCCUCCUCUUCCUUCUGGAAAUUUCCAGAGCCAAACAAGCCCUUCUGGCGGCAGCAAGAUUAGUCCAGCAGUCCUUUUCGUCAUAGUGAUUUUGGCUGUGCUUUUUUUCAUAUCUGGUCUCCUGCACUUGCUUGUUAGAUUUCUAGUCAAGAACCCUUCUUCUUCCUCGUCUCUCGAAUUCGAACCGAAUCCCGAAGCUUCUAGCCCUUCUGAUGCCUUACAGAGACAGUUGCAGCAGCUCUUCCAUCUACAUGACUCUGGUCUGGAUCAAGCCUUCAUUGAUGCUCUUCCAGUCUUCAUGUACAAACAGGUUGUGGGUCCCAAAGAGCCUUUUGAUUGUGCAGUUUGUUUGAGUGAGUUCUUGGAGAAGGAUAAACUCAGAUUGCUCCCAUCUUGCGGCCAUGCUUUCCACAUUAAUUGCAUUGAUACAUGGCUAUUAUCCAACUCUACUUGUCCUCUUUGCAGAGGAGCCCUUUUCAGCGGUGGGUAUUCCAUAGACAACCCGAUGUUCGAUUGUGAUGGAGUUGGAGAAGACGACGGGGAUACCGGGGUUUCAGUUUCUCAGAAAACAAUCGAUUUGAAUGAGAUCACAGUAGAAAAGGAGGGAACUUUUCCGGUUAGACUUGGCAAGUUCACUAAAGUGAAUGAUGAUUUGGGAGUUCAAUGGGAAGGAGAGACUAGUAGUAGUAAUUUGGAUGCUAGAAGGUGUUAUUCAAUGGGGUCAUAUCAAUAUGUGGUUGGUAAUGCUAACCUUCGGGUGGCAUUGACCGGUCAAAGAAACGUGAAAUCAAGAGAUGUUGAAGGGAAUGGGAGAAGGAUAGGUAUCGGUGCAAGAAACGAUAGCUAUUCAACAUCAAAGAUUUGGUUGUGGUGGGAGAAGGGGAAAUUCGCAAGCUCUUCGGACUCCAAUGAGGAAGAACAUCAUCCUCCUUUUGAUAUGGUCUCACAAUGGAAGAGUAGAGAGUAAGGCAAGUGAAUUGUUCUUAAUGAUAUGCUCUUUGUUUUUUGUUUAAAAUUCUUUCUUCUUUUUACAGUUCAUUGGCUUUGAUUGAAAGUUUAGAGCUUCUAAUCCUAGAUUUAUUCAUAAAAAAAAGAUGGUAACUUUUUUAUGUAACAUGGUAGAUCUGUGGUUGGGUCCUUUU